AUGCAUUUUGGACUCAGAGGCUGCAAAGAGCAUAGAGAUAUGUGCUGGGGUGAUGUAAAAUUGAAGGAAACAGUAGACGGCGAGGAAUUUUUAGAGUUCAAUGAGAGACAAACUAAAACAAGAACUGGAUCAGACUGCCGUGAUGUCAGAAAAAUGGCGCCUAAAAUGUUUGCUACUGAUGGUUCAGAAAGAGAUCCCGUGGUCGUCUACAAACUGUAUGUCCAGAAGAGACCUCAGAAAAUGAAAGAAGACGACUCUCCGUUUUACUUAGCUGUCAACAAUAACUUGAAGGCAGAGUCUCUUCAAACGAAAGAAUGGUUCAAGGCCGGUCCUGUUGGAAUAAACAAACUGAACAGUCUGAUGAAAUCUAUGGCUCAAAAAGCAGGAAUUAACAACCGUCUGCGAAAUCAUAGCGGUAGAAAAACAAUGAUUCAAACACUUAGCGAAAAUGAUAUUCCACCGACACAUAUCGCCAAAUGUCUGGGCACAAGAAUCUAA